AUGGAAAAGAUUGUGUGGGAUGUAUUCCGAGAGCUCCCAGGUAUUGUCGAAGAGCACAAACUUUUCUGUGAGCAAGGGGACCUGAUCAAGCGCCCAACAAGAAAGCAGGUGGCCGACCUGUCAGAGUCUUCCCCGCCAGAAAAAGGGAGGUCAUUGGAAAAUGUCGUUAGAGACACCGAGGAAAUCCUGUCUUUUCGAUUCAGUACUGGCAACCCGAGGUUUUUCUCGUUUCUCGGCGAUGCUCUUACUACCGCAUUCAACAACUACGCAGGGAGUUUCGAGUCGGGAGCCGGUAUUAGUGCCAUUGAAGACUCCAUCAUACGCUGGGUGGCCGAGAGGUUCGGUAUGCCUCUCUCAGCUGGAGGGCAGUUUGUCUCUGGCGCUUCCAUUGCCUGUCUAACCGCAUUGACCGUCGCUCGGGACCAGCUCGUGGAAGAGGACAUGCGCACCAAAGCCGUGGCAUAUUUGUCAGAGGAGACCCACUUUUGUGUUGCAAAGACACUUCGUGUUACCGGACUUCUUGAGCGUCAGAUACGGACUGUGCCUUGCAAUGCGAAGUUUCAGAUGGAUCCGGAUCAUCUUCGCAGUGCCAUAGUUCAAGAUAUCAAAGAUGGCCUGAAGCCCUAUGUGGUCGUCGCAACCUCAAAGGAGUACAAGAUGUGGAUCCACGUCAAUGCCGCCUACGGAGGCUCAGUUGCGUUCUGUGAAUCCCAUAGGGCACUCCUGCAAGGAAUGGGUCGCGCUGACAGCAUCGCCUGGGACCCACACAAAUGGCUGUUCCAAACCCUCGGAUGUAGUGUUGUCAUGUCCAGGGAGAGAUCCCACCCAACCAAGAGCUUCGCGGUGGGGGCGCACUUUUUGCGCGACCUCGAAGAGGAUGAAACUAAAAACCCUUUUAAUUAUGGGAUAGAAUUGUUCCGGCCUGCUCGCCACAUGAGGCUCUGGUUUUCUCUGCAGGUUCUCGGAACGGACACGGUUGAUCGGAUGAUCUCGCGCGGAUUCGAGCUUGCUGGCCUUGCUGAGAGUGAAUUGAGGGAAUUAGCGGACUGGGAAAUUGUCUCACCCAAUACCCUGGCAGUCCUUGACUUUCGGUUUAAUCCAAAGGGUAUGAUUGCAGACGAUGUCGAUAGGAUCAACGGUCUGGUAUCGAAGGAACUGGCUGCUCAGAACAUUGGAGUUGUGUUUACCACAUGCAUUCACGGGGCAGUGUGCCUUCGAAUAUGUACCAUCAACCCACAAACCACAGAUAACGACAUUCGGGAUGUCAUCAAGGCACUAGAUCAGAACGCACGAUUAAUUAGCAAAAGGUUCCCAAAAACAGAAACAGGAUUCGAGGACAGGUUGGUGUCACUUGAUGCCCAGUGA